CACCUUUUCUUUCCAGCAUAAAUUGUUCUCCACCCCGUCACCGCUCCACACCAAUUCUUCCAUCCUAAAGAGAGGACCCAAUCUGAGUGCAUACCCACAUCAAGAAAACUCCCCAAAAAAGAAAAAGAAAAAAAUGAUGAGAGACAAUAACCCCGCGCCUAUCAGAAAAUCUCCAACCCUAAAGUCCCAAAACUCCAUGCAGCUAACACUAUCACUCCCUCCUUGUCCAACAGCAACAAAGCCCCCCCCUGUGAUCGAAUUCCCUACCUCUCCCGAGAGGAUAGUGGGAGAGGAGAUGCUCCAUUUCAGCCACCCCCAGCACCCUCUGUCCCACAUCAACCGCCCCCACCUCUUCACUUGCUCCGGUUGCCAGGAAUUCGGAGCGGCCAAGCGGUACGCGUGCCGGUUCUGCAACUAUCAGCUCCACGAGUUCUGCGCCUUGGCCCCUCAGGCGCUCAAGAGCCAUCCACUGCACCACCAACACCAGCUCGUGUUUUACGCUAAACCAGUGAAAUCCGGAAAAGCGAAGUCGAAGUGCGACGCCUGUGGGAAAUCCGUCAAGGGCUUUUUGUUCCGGUGCAACGCGUGUGACUUCCAGAUCCACCCUUGCUGUGCCAUGUUGCCCCUCGAAAUUGUCUUCGCGCCACACCCACAUACCCUCAAGCUCCUGAUGGCAUCGGCGGGCGGCGGCGGCGACACUGGCUUCCAAUGUGGCGAGUGCAAGAGGAGGCGGUCGGGGAGGAUAUACCGCUGCGCGGUCUGUGACUACCAUCUCCACGCGAUCUGCGCCAAGAUCAUAUUCAAUGGCCUCCAUGACAGCGGCAUCAAGGACCCGGGCAAGCCAGGCAACGUGCUCGAGGCAGCGGCCCGGCUCGCCGUGCAGGUGGUGACCGGGUUCUUCGGGGGCUUGAUCGAAGGGAUUGGAGAGGGCGUCGGGCAAGAUAUAGUUCAGAACGUCAUAGCGGGGACCGGGAAUGCUUUCGUUAGCAGAGGAAUCGCUGGGAAAUGAAGCAAAGCUAGGGUUGCAACAUGAUAGCAUGAACUCUAUUAUUUAUUAUUUGGAUCAUGGUGUUUGUUAAUGUAAAAUAGGGUUAUGCAUUUGGAAUUUCCUAAGGGCAGAGGUACAGCAUGUCGUGAAGUGAUUGAAUUGCCAAAACUCAGCCAGUGAAGAACAAAUGCUAUUAUUGCAUAGUGUGUGGUAUAUGUUUGAAGCGCAUAAAUAACACGUGUCCAUUUUCUGAA